AUGCCAGUGAUAAAUAUCGAGGACCUGACAGAAAAGGACAAGUUGGUGAUGGAAGUAGAACAGCUCAAGAAAGAGGUGACUCUGGAAAGAAUGAUGGUAUCCAAAUGUUGUGAAGAGGUGCGGGAUUACAUUGAAGAACGAUCUGGGGAGGAUCCGUUAGUCAAAGGCAUCCCAGAGGACCAGAAUCCCUUCAAAGAGCUCAAAGGAGGCUGUGUGAUUUCAUAAAGGGAAC